GAGAGACAGAGAGAGAGAGGAGGGGGGAGGGAGCAUAGUGAUUGCUGAGUGACUGAGAGCCUUGUCAACCAGGUGGAGUCAGGUGCAGCCGCCCAGGACUGGGACAGCAGCAUAGCUCUCCAAUGUAGAGGGGAGUGACUAGUGGAACUACAGCUACACCCUGACUGACACCCCGAGGAAUAACAGACUGUGGAGUUUUCUUUUCUUUAUCAACUGGAGCGGGAAAUCUAGCACUGGACUGUCAGAGUGAAACUUUAUUCCCCUCUGCUCUCUCUCUUUCUCUCUCUUUCACUCACUCCCUCACUCUGUGUCUCUCUGGCUGGAGCAGGGGGCAGGUGGUGACUGUGUGAGCUUGUACAGUAUACUCCGGAAAGAGAGUGAGAGGAAGAGAGUAAGGGAAAAGGAAGGCGUGUGAGACAGAGAGAGGAAGAGAGAGAGCAGACACUGGACGGGACGGGUCAGAUAUGCUUCGCUAUGGCUCGUCAAGAGUGGUCACCAGCACCACCACCGAUGACUCUCCGGAUCUUUCCAGUGAGAGGAUGAUUCGGCGUCUCAGACUAACGCUGCAUUCUGGGGGAAAUGAACUGAAGGAGACCAAGAGCACCCACUCUGACUCUGAUCAGGAAGUAGGAGGAGAGAAGGAAAAAGUUGUCAAUGGGACACGAAAGAAAAAUGGCCUGAUCCAGCGAGAGAGACCGGCGGGCAGGGAGUCACCUGAACAGGCCCUGUUUCAGAGAGAAACAAAAGCGGGACAGCAGGAGCUCAUAUACUGGGUUGCAGAAACACGACACCCUCGCUGCACCCUGCACUGUUGUAGUCACUGGUCCCCAACCUCCAGUUUAGACUGCUCAGCAGCAAUACUUGAAAUACCUAAGCCUGCACAGCACCUCGGAGCGGUGACCAAUGGGGUGCAAGAGACGCCGCAGCAGCCAGGGCCCAAGGUGUACGGAGUGGUGCAGAGGACAGGCUCCGACAAACAACAGGAAGUGAUGGCGUGCGAGUGGUCUGUCAAUCACCUGAGGGAUGAGAUGAGAUACAUCAAGGAGGUGAGAGACUCCUUGGAAAAGGUCAGAGAGCGGAUGUAUGGCCAGUUUGGAGGAAUGCAACAGUCAAUGGAGAAACUAUCUCAAGAAAUCAGGUCGGCAAACUCCCAGAGGCGGAGUCUAGAGGCCGAGGUGAAGGUGAGAACAGCAGCUAUGGAGAGCUUCGACCAGAUGAACAGCUCCCUCAUAUCCUCCAACAUCGAUCUGCAGGUUCCUUUGCAGAAAUCCCUCCUGGAGAACUGCCAGAACCGUGUACACAAGCGGGAUGAGGUGAGGAACCUGCGCAGCUCCUGUGAGAAGGCUGAGGAAAAGCUGAGAGAGAAGGAAAGACAGCUGGUGGCUGCAGAGGCUGAGAACCGCACGCUUAAACUACAGGUGGAGACGUCCCAGCAGAACAGCAGCCAGGUCGUGCAAGAUGUGACAGCCAGGCUGCAGAAGCAGCACGAGGAGAGACUGAGGGAGGAGCAGAGAAAACACAGAGAGGAGAUUGAGAAUCUUCAGGCCCAAAUUGAUGAGUAUGUGAAGCGACUGGAGGAGGCAGAGAGGAAUGCGAAGAUCUUAGAGGCCAAGAUUGCUGAGAGAGACCAGAGGAUUAGUGAGGUUGAGCGCCUGCUGGACUGCAUGGGACAGGAAAAGGGCCAUCUUCAGAUGAAACUGCAGGAGAGUGAACAACGUCUUCACUCGCUGGAACUCACAGACAAAACAAAUUCAUCAGCUUCCAAGAGGUCUCAGCAGCUUGAAGAAGAGGCAUCAGAGCUCAAGGAGAGAAUAAAGCACUUGAACGACAUGGUCUUCUGCCAGCAGAGGAAGGUCAAAGGCAUGAUAGAAGAGGUUGAAUCGUUACGAACUAAAGUGGCACAGAAGGACAUGUUCAUCUCAGAGCUUUUGGACAGAAUCGCUAUUGUGGAGUGUGAGAAUAAUCAGUUAGAAGACAACUUGAAGUAUUUUGUGUCUGUGCAGAGUGCUUCGAGAGAAGUAAUACAAACCAGAGAGAUAGGAGUGAGCUGCAAUCUGCUCCCCAGACCUGAGGCGAUGAGGGGGGAUGAUGAGCCUGAUUUCCAGCCCCCCCAUGUUUACCCGGAAUUCCUGCCCUCCCCAGCCCAAUUCCAACCCCGGCAUAGUCCAGCUCAGCCUCCAUCAAUACAGCUCCUUUCCAGAACACACCGGCCAGGCCCUCUGCCACCCAGCAGACUGGAGUGUAGUUUACUGAGGUAUUCUCCUUUUGAGUACAGCCGGUCCCUGCAGUCCAGUCCUCCAAGGUCCUGUGGAACUCUGACAAGUCCAACGCUGUCCGAAUCUGCCCCUCUGAGCCCAGUGCAGUCAGGCCCCGACCAAGCCAUCUCAGACACGGCCUCCAGUGAGGAGAAGCCUCCUUCAGGCCCACCCUGCUCUCCAGCAAGAUCCAGUCGUAUCUAUACUCCUUUCAUGAGACUUAUGGAGAUAACAGCUAAGAUUAAUAUUGAGUAGCUCAUCAUACAGUAUUGUUUGAUAUCUGGGGUGGAACACAGUUUGCACUGCAUUGUAAAUCACAAUGGGAGUAUUCUGUAUAGGCUGUAAAUAGUGCUCAGUGAAUGUACUUUCAUGUUUAUAAAGGUUUAUAUUUAUACUGUAUCUUUUUCUGCAAUUUUUCUCAGAAAGCAUUAUUAUUUUCUUAUUCCCUCAAAUAUGUAUACUAAAUAUUUAUUAAAAUAUACCGUUUGUUGUGCCUUUGUUAACAGCUUGCUUAAUGAUACCCAACAUUGGUUGUGGGAAUCUGUUACUUUUUCCUGUGAAAUGAAUAUUACCUAAGUUAAUAUGGGUGGUAAGGCCUACAAAAAGACUACCUAUGUUUUUAAGGAACUGCCAUUCCUGAGCCAAUUAAUUGCAUAAAGUCUAACUAAAUUUGUAGAUGUUGUCUACACUGCCAGGACUGUGUUGAAGGUGUUGAUGAACCAAGAAACUAGAGCUCUAUGAUGUGCCUUUCUGAAUGAGACAUAUCCAGUGAAUUGUUUAAAUCAGUGUACUUGAAAAGGCGAAUAAAACUAUCCCCAUCAUUGAUAGCUUUUGUCU